UCAUUUUUGAAAUCAUCUUUUGAAAAGCAUGAAUCGGGUGUGAGUGGACAAAACAUUAUAAUUUGUACACAUACUAACAUACAUGAAAAUGUGAAAAACUGUAUUCAGUCAGAAUGUCAAGUUGAACACUUGUCUACCUUCAAGUCUGAAAAGGAGCUGUCAUCACGACUUGAAACAUUCUGGUUUGACAGCCAUAUAAAGCUGUUGGUAAUUCAAAGUCUACCAAGUGUUGAUGAAAAACAUCUGCUGCAUCUAAAAGCCACAGUAGAAAGACAGAGGAGUGAAUUUUUAAAUUCAGAUGUAGAAUUUUCGUGUGAGAAAAAUGUUAUCAUUAUUCUUCAUCUUGAAAGAACCGAUGAUGAAAGAUCAUGUUUUAUUACUUUCCUUAGUGGAUGGAAACUAAUAGUCAUUGACAAUUUGGUGCAGAGAGAACUUACACUGGUAGACAUGCAUGAAAAGUCUAUUAUUGAUAUAAUAAAGAUGAAAGGGUCACUUCAAGAUGCAAUAAGAAGGCUUAUGUUUUGGGCUUUCACUUGCAUACAGUACAGCAGGAGUUUGCGAACAUUAGAUAACUUGUCUGAGAUAAUUAAAGCAAUUCAAGAAACAGAGCCCAUCAUGUCUUGCAUUGAAAAGAUCAUUUGGCAUUGGCUUGAAAAUAAUAAAAAAUUACAUGAUGGAAAGAUGUGGCAGGUUGACGUCGCUUGUGACAGACGUAAACUUCUGGCCUAUUCUACGUUCCUUGAUGUUCUGGAUGAAGUGGUAGUCAGUUACAUAAAGCACCCACUAGCUGCCAUUGUGUUUAAAGUUGAAACCUGUAAUGCUUGGAAUAGCUGCAGUUGGCAAGUGAAUGAUCAGCCAUGUUAUCAGAAAAUGAAUGUGUGGAUGCAUCAUCUGGCCAAUGAAGAUGUUGUUGACAUAUCCAAAGAACCUCCUCCAUCUGGUCCAGAAUGCUUUUAUGGACCCAACAUUUUGCUGGAUUUAAAACACCCUUUCAGCAAAGUAUUUUUGCAUCAAAUUGAAGAAAAAGUACAAAAGCAAUGUACAAAAGAGUGCUCAUUAAUCAUGACUGAAAAAGGAACAGAUUUCGUACCAAAACAAGAACUGAAUGCAAUAUUUGUUAAAUAUUUGGAUCCAAUAAAACAAUCAGCAUCUGCCAUGUUUCAACAUAAAUAUGACAAUCAAAAGGAUGAUUACUUUGAUGAUUUUUGUGCACUGCUGUGUUCCAGACGUACUGUGGUAUUAGACAUUACAAAAAAAGUUGAUAUGCUCAAAAACAUUCUAACCUCUUUGAUAUCACUGUCAGAUGAAUCUUUUCCAAUGUUUGUUACUAAGUUGCAUGUAACUUGGUGGCUCAAUGAACCAAAAUUGCAUGCUGUACAACAUCUUGUUGAUGCCUGUAUGCAGGUACAGUUUGGUGAACCAGACGGAUAUUAUCAUGAAUUUACAAGACUAAUUGGUUCAAAUGAAAGACUAGAUGGAUCAACUGAAGAACAAGAAAGCAAUUUGGAUGAAUCAGAAGAACAAUUACCAAGUGAAACUUCUGAGACUGAUGAAGAUGAGAGUUGUUUUGAAAUAACCACAUGGAGCAGAAUUACAGAGCAUGUUUGCCAGAGGCUUCUGCAGUCUUCUACUGAACUAAAGGACAAGGACAAUUGCAAUACAUGGCAAAGGAACACAAGCAUGGUACUCACCCAUGCUGAUGACGUGUCAGUACUGCCACAUGUGUCACACUCUUUGUCACUAUGCAACCAUUUUUCUACUAUGAUUGUUGUCUUUGGUGGCAUCUCGGAACAAUAUGUUGUACAACUUGGUGAACAGCUAACCAAGAAUACGCUAAAUUCAAAGGAGAUGUUUGAUUUCAUAUUGAGAUUUCUAAAGGAGUUGAACUCAGAAGCUGGGGUUCCUUUUGAACAUGUAUUGCAGUUUUAUUCUUGUUAUGUAUGUUGCUGUAUGGCAGCCAGUCCUGACACCCCAAUAAUGGAAUGGGUCCUGGAUGAGACAGUCAGCAUAGAACUAUUGAAAGAAGGUGACUUUUAUUUAUUUGGACCUGCUUUACAUUUAGCAACUGCAAGUAACCUAGGUUUGGAUCAUGGUCCAAUAAAUCUAUUUGACAUCAUAACGGAUCAGAGGACCAUACAACAUCCUACUUUCUUCCAGAAAUUAGAUGAAAUUUUAAAAGGUCAGUUGGGAGAAUCAUCAUUUCCAUGCGUUUGUGUUGACAUGUUUCAACACUUUAUUGUUGAUAAUGAAAUCAAAGAGGAAACAUUCAUUUCUUGUUGGAACAAGUACAUUUCUUCAAACAUGUCCCUUGCUCAUAUAAUUGCAGUUGCAUAUAUUAAAUACCAUCUUGAGCGCUUUUCCAAAUUGGAGUCACAAAACAUAUUAAUUGAAAAGUUUUCGAAGGAAGAACAAAAUGAGAAAAAACUGUAUGGUCUUCAGCGACAUUUUAUUGAAUGUGCUGUGGCAGGUAAUGGCAUCAUUACUUUAAACCAUUUAUGUAAACGGUACAGGUUUUUGGAAGAUAAAAAUCAACAACUAUUGAUUAGUACUUUUGAUCUCAACCCACUAAAACCUUUUCAACUAGAUCAAGAAAACACUAUCAAAGAUGCAUUUAAAACAUUCCCCAAUGAUGAAAAAAGUUUGACAAUGAUCAUCAGUGCCUCUGAAAAUGGUGGAUCUGUACAGCUUGCAUUGUUUUCAUUUGCACUUGAGAAUUUUUUCUUAUCCAGAUUGAUGCAUCCAUUAUCAGAAAAGAGCAAACGCAAUUCAUCCUGUAUUUGCAGAGCAGCAGAAGCAUCAAAGAUGUCAAAAAGUGCUUUAAAAUUAUUACGUUGUCUUUGUUGUCAGGAAGAUUUUAAUUCCUCUCUGGUUGUGAACUUAUCUGAAGAAACUCGUGAAAAGGAAUUUCAGAUAACUUCUUUUCUGAUUCAUGUUAUGUGCUGCUGCUUGGUAAAUCAUCAAGACCACAAACCAUUAAUAUGGUGCAUAUGUAUGCUAAAUACUUCUGAUGUUGCUAAAUUUUAUUUAUCUGCAGUGACCAAGACUGAUGAUACCAAGCAAGGAUUUUUCCCUUCAUUGACAGAUGUAAAAGAAGUCCAGUUUUCAGAGUGUGAUUGCAAUUUUAGAUCUGCAACUUUGGAUAAUGGCUCGGAUGGAGACAUGUGUACAGUAUGCUCCCAAAGAAUUAAAAGUGACAAAAUGGCACAGAAACAUCUUUCUCUUAUGCAGGAAGAUAAGCCCAUGUACAAAGGUUAUAUUCCUUGUGAACCCAGCAAUGAUAUGAUGACAACUGCUCGGUCAUUAUCUCCAGUGGCUUUUAGGUUUUUUCACCUUUUGAUGCAUGCAUGCUUUGCUGGAUCUUUAGCACUUGGAGUCCUUGAAGAGCAAGAACUUGCAGAACAUCUUAACCUUGAAAAGGAUGUUGAUGUGCAAGACUUUCUGAAAAAGCACAUCACUACACACUGGGAGGUGUUGAGACAGUUGACAGCAUGUGGAAAUGCUCAACUUGGUAAAUUUCUUCAUAUGUUAUUACAUGAAAUGGAAUUUUUACUAUUCCAUGAACAAACUUUAUUUGAAACUGCAAAGAACAGACAGUUCUAUGAAGACAGUAUCUGCAAAAAGAUUGAUGAAAUUACUGAACGUCGAUUUUCAGCCUUUCAAGACGUAACAAGAAAAUGCACAGAUGAGCCAGAGAGUUUUGAUAGUAUUUUGUAUGAAGUCAACUUGGACGAAGGCAGAUGCCCGCUGUUUUUAAGGCAUACAUUACCACCUAGUGUUGAAAACAUGAAGUCCGAGUUCAUGAUCAAUAAGAUGGAUAAGAAGUAUCCAUUUUUAGCUCUUGUAUUUGCAAAAGAAAAGCAGUUGGCAUUACUUGGGUGUUUAUUGCCACUUGUAAAGUGGAAUUUGUUUUGUUUUGAAAAGAUUAGCUACAAAUGGACAAGAAAUGAAUUGAAACAGACAUUUCUCUCAGAAUUCAUCGACAGAGAUGAUCAGAAAGAGCAUUUUCACGAGUUGUUUAAAAACUUCAGGGAUUCAUGGAACAAGCUGCUUUCAAAUGAAAAGCUUCUUAAAAAGUACAACAAAAAUCUUGGCAGAAUUCCCCAACUAGUCAUGACUAAUAUUGUGGAAGACUGUAUCAUUAUUAACAGCAGUUCAACUAUUUAUCAGAUCCUUAUUGCCCUGAAGAAUAUUCAAAACGAAUUUCUCGAGGAUGCUUCAAUCAUAAGUCUCACUUUAGAAUCUCCUUCCUUGAGCUUUGUGAAGAAGACCGACAAAUCAGCAUACUUAUCUGUACUGCCCAUUGAAGAGGUAACUGACAAAGAAAUUGUGCACCUGAAUAUGGACCUGUCUAAACAAAGACUUAAUGAAACAUUUCUCAAAUUUUCGCAGUGUUGUACAGGUUAUGGUCAUGGCAGAAUCCACAAUUAUGACUUUUACUUCAUAGAGCGUCAGUUUGCAGAUCACAUAUUGGUGAAAAAGCCAUGUUUGGAAGUCACAACUAGCUUUCCGGUGAUUGUGUUUUUAGGGGAUUGUCUUUACAGAUCUGUCACUCCAUUUGAAGAUAUUGAAGCAUUUGUAGAGCAGCAUGAAAUAACAACAGACAUCAAAAAGAAAGUUUUGAAUCUCAAGUGUCAAAGUCACACCUACCUGAGAAUUAUUCUUGAAUACCUAGAGAUCAUAUUUACUUUAAUGAAAAAGUCAGAACUACCAAAGAAUAAAACUGACUAUCAUGCACAGUACUAUAUUACACAGUGGCCUAUUUAUUUUCUACAAAAGUCACCUCAUGUAGAAGGUUUGCUGAAUCCUAUAAAACUCUGCUUUUUGACAUCAUUGUUUGAGUAUGUCGAGAGUCUUGAGGCAGACACAGCCAUUGGCUUCCUGGGGGACAAAUUCACCACCCCUCUGAAUGAGGAGCUGGAGAUAAAUCUUAGAAGUCUGACAGAAAAAAAUACACUUGACUUACUUGAAAGACUGUUGGCAGCUCUAAAACGGUUUGCAUACCAGUAUAUUAAUGUCCCUGAUGUUUUCGCUGGUGACCAGCUUGGUCCCAAAAUACUACAGAAUGCUGUACUCUGGCCUCGUGAUACACAAAGAUUGUUUCCAGAGGGACCAACGCAGUUGGACAUUCACCCAAACCUGUGUGUGGAGCAUAUUAAGUCUACAGUACAGUUUUUGCAUCGGUAUAUUGAGAAGAAAAAAGGUCGAUUUGAGCCAGAAGGCGAGGUGAUCAAGCCGAAAAAAACAGCGCUCCUUUUGGGUUAAGAAACUGCAGUGAGCCAACACAAGUAGGAUGUUGGAGGUGAAUGUCUUUAUGCUGAAUUAAUGAAGACUUGUCAACGCAGUUCCUAUUUCCGUAUAGAAGAAGUAUAAAUUAUGAAGUGAACUAAAUACAUGUUUAAAUCAAAAUGUUUGUAAAUAUUUCUUUCUGCAUCAGGUAUAUACCAUGUACAUAGGUUAUGAUUAUACUUAUUGAUCCAACCAUUCUUUGUACCAGACUUUUUAUGAUGUGUGUUAUACUACCCACCGGUGACAACUGAAACUUGAUUUUAUUUGGAUCUACCAUGUUCAUAAAUAUAUUCACUGAUGGGUUUUUUGUUCGUACUACAAUUUACCAUGUUUUCUAUGACUUGAUUUGACUCGGAAGCCUCUAUUCUCUAAAUAUAUUUUAUUUUCAGUUCAAACUGAAACUGAAUGUGUAGUAAGCACCAUUAAAUGAAAAUAUGUUCUCUGAGGAAAUUUUAUACUUAAUGUAUUUAACAUACUGCUUUUGUAAAUAGUUGAUGUUACAUCAUCAUACUUAAACUGAAUUUUAAACCUUCUGUAAAUAAGUAAAAUUCAUUUCAUAGUGAAAUUUGAUUUGUCUCAGAAGUGUGGUAUGUUAUUGAUAAUUAAAUACAUACAGAUGUUAUGCUCAUUUGUUACUAAAACAGAAAUUUGUUUUAAAUAUGUUUUAUACAUGAUGAUGCCUUUAUAAUAAUAUGUUUUUGUUGACAAUUAAAGUCGGGUUAUGUUCAGUUGAUACUUAAACUGAAUUUUGUCUCCGAUAAGUUGCAUAGAUGCCUCUGUGAUAAAUUGUGUUUUUAUUGAUAAUUAAAUAGGGGUUAAGUUCAUUUGAUACUAAAACUAAAUUUUGUCUUGGAUAUGUUUAGUAGAUAACCUUUUUGAGAACAUGUGUGUGUGUUGAUUAUGAAGCUUGGUUUGACUGAAGAUAUAAUUUAUAUCAAUCAGUAUUGUAUUCACAUAUAGACAGUACUGGGUUAUUACUGAAACAGACAUAAAAUUCAAGUUCUUAGUUCAAAAUAGAAUUUUUUUGAACAAAACUAAUGACUUGAUGAAAUGUUCCCAAGUGAUGUUGAUUUUGUCACAGAAACUGGAUUUUACUACUCUGAAGCUGCUAUCCUGUAAAUAGGUGUUAAUUUCAUUAUAUAUUGAAACUAAACAUGUUUUCAGAGACAUUGUUAUGUGGAUUUUACUUUGAAACUUCUACUUUGUAAAUGUUAUGUUCACUUCAUUAAAAAAAAUUAAUACCAUAUUGUGAACAUAUGCUAUAUAUAUAUACACACACACACACACAAAACUGUAUAUUUAAAUAUCCUGUAAAUAGGUGUUAAUUUCAUUAUAUAUUGAAAUUAAAAAUGUUUUCAGAGACAUUGUUAUGUAAACUGAUGUGGAUUUUACUUUGAAACUUCUACUUUGUAAAUAGAUGUUAUGUUCAAUUCAUAUAAAUACCAAAUUGUGAACAUAUGCUAUAUAUAUAUAUAUAGAUAGAUAUUUUAAUAUCCUGUAAAUAGGUGUUAUUUGAUUAUAUAUUGAAACUAAACAUGUUUUCCGAGACAUUAAUUGCUAUGUAAACUGAUGUGGAGUUUACGUUGAAGCUUCUGCUUUGUAAAUAGAUGUUAUGUUCAGUUCAUUAAAAAAAAAAUUAAUACCAAAUUGUGAACAUACAUGUAUGCUAUAUAUAUAUAUAUAUAUUUUAUUAUUUUUAUUUUUUUAAAUAUCCUGUAAAUAGG